AUGCACCAUCAGGAUACGUACACAACACCAAUGACAACGCGACAGCCGUUUGGACUGAGCUCCAUGCCGGUGGCGUUUGAGAAGGUGUACAAGGACAAAGAGGGCAUCGACGACGAGUUCCACACUCCGCCCCUUGAAGCCUUUGAAUUUGAGCGCAGUGUGGACAGCAUAGGGGUCGCCAUGGGUCUGGAAACGGUCCAGCCUGGCCCUAGCGGGCUAGGGAAGGGUCUACAGAACGGCAAGGCAGGCGCUUCAACAGAUACACAACUAGACAUGAGUGCCCACCAAAUGCCGCCUCCACAGAGCAUCCCUAACGACACGUCAGGUCAUCACAUACAACGUCGACCUGUCGACAUUGGCGACACCCCGCCUCUUUCACGAGACUCCAUUUAUUCUAACGACGAAAUCGGCAUCAUUGAUUUGUACUCGAAAUCUCCCGAGUCGGGCAUGACCUCUCAAGGCUCGUCUUCGGUCCCUGUCAGCAGACAGACAAACAACCCCACAGAAACAACACCAGCCCUGGAGACGCUACAAGCUAUCCCCGUAGCUAACCUGCACCCCGAGCCGAAUCCUCGAACCCCUGACUUGCAGAAGACUCCAUACAACCACGACGCCCCUGGCUCAGCAAUCUCCGUGGCCUCAUCAUACAAGGAGUCCCGACGAGAGGCCGGCCGAGUGCGAUCGACCAUCGACAUGCGAUCCAAACCGUCGUCGCGCACAAACACCAUGGAGGACGGGCCCCGAGAUCGAUACGGCUUCCUCAAGGCUAACUCAUAUAUUCGCAUGAACGAUUACGACAAGUGGUGGGGCAAGUACCAGCCAUAUUUACAGCGACGAAAGAAGAAGUGGGUGUCUCUGAUGAAGCAAAGCGGCCUCGAUAUUGGGGCCGCCGAAGAUAAGGGCAAGGACUCCAACGAGGCCCGAGUUCCCUCCACUGGACCCACUAGGUUCCCCCCCAAGUCGGAAAAGCUGAAGCGGUACGUGCGAAAGGGCAUUCCUGCCGAGUGGCGAGGCCAGGCUUGGUUCUGGUUUGCCCGUGGCUACGAAUACCUCAACGCCAACGUCGGAGUGUACGACAAGCUCUGCGAGAAGAGCGCUACCAUGGACACUGUGGACGCUGAGCUCAUUGAGCGUGAUCUCUACAGAACUUUCCCCGACAACGUCUACUUCCGGAAAGCUGAAGGAGAAGUGGAUGAGACGCCCAUGAUCAUGGCUUUGCGAAGAGUCCUGCGAGCCUUUGCCCUGCACCACCCCAAGGUUGGUUAUUGCCAAUCGCUUAAUUUCCUGGCAGGGCUACUUCUCCUCUUCAUGGACGAGGAACGUGCUUUCUGGAUGCUGCACAUUAUCACCCAAAAGUAUCUUCCCGGAGUGCAUGACACCAACCUCGAGGGAGUCAACGUGGAUCAGGGCGUGCUGAUGCUCUUGGUGCAAAAGUCGCUCCCUGCUGUCUGGCGACAUAUCGGAGUGGGUCUGGAGGGAGCUCCUUCCGAAGGCAUGGACCUGGUCCGAAAUCUCCCUCCCAUCACCCUUUGCACAGCCUCGUGGUUCAUGAGUGUCUACAUUGGUACUCUUCCCAUCGAGACUACUCUGAGAAUCUGGGAUUGUCUCUUCUACGAGGGGUCCAAGACCCUGUUCCGAAUCGCGUUGACACUAAUGAAACAAAGCGAGCCGGAGUUUGUGGGUCUCAACGAUCCCAUGGAGAUCUUCCAGGUGGUCCAGACUUCGCCCAAGUCCAUGCUGGACGCCUCCCACCUCAUGGAGUCUUGCUUCAAACGCUACAACGACUUUGGCCACAUUAGCCAAGACGAGAUUGCGCAGCUGCGGAAGAUUGUCCGGCAGAAGCGUGGUAACGGCGGUACUGGUGGCAUCCAGUCACGGGAUGAUGUGCUCGAGGAACUCAUUCUGUCGCGUCAGCGGCCCACGUCGCGAACUUUUGUCUUGCGAAAGCUGCAUAUUGGCUCCAACAAGUGGUCCAUGGAGUGA